AUGGUGUCCAUUGAAAGCGCCGGUUACGGGAUCACCACUGCGAAUUCGAAAUCCUUUAUAAAAAACCGCGACGCAUCUGCUCACAAUACCUUUACAAUCUCGAAUCGGCACACUUCGACAGUCCUCCGUUUCAACGACUCUAGGCUUUUUUCACAGGCGGCUGUAAUGGUUUCCGGCAACCCUCGCUCUCCACCACCACCAUGCCGCACGUUUGAAGAUUUCCUCUUAGGCCCCACGGCGGAGACCAUCACGGUACGCCUCCUGUGGAUGUGGGGAGACGGUGCUUCUUCACAGAAAGCGAUUCGAUUUCUCUUGCUACAUCAUAAGGUUCAUUUCUUUAUGUUUGUAUUAAAAAGCACAAGGAGCAGGGACAACAGAUUGAAUUGUCAAGGAGCAGCGAUGAGGUGUUUGCGGAUGGCGUGGAACUUGGCUUCAUCUGAGGCGGAGAGGUUGGUCUACGAAGGGUGGCUUUUAUAUGACAUGGGUCAUGUGGACGAGGCUCUUACCAAAUCCGAGAAGGCAAUCUCCAUUCAACGCUCCUUUAAAGCUUUUUUCCUCAAAGCUUAUGUUAUAGCUGACAAGAAUCUCGAUCCGGACGAGACCUCUUGCGUUGUUCAGGUUCUAGAGGAAGCCCUCAAGUGUCCAAAGGACAGGCUCUAA